UUCAAACACUGUCGGACAUUUGAUGUUUCUGUCACCCCACAAAAACUUUAAGGGUGGACGGGUUUUAAAUAACAUAAAAUAAAUAAAACUGACAGCACUAUUGACAUUUUUGUGUUGAGUAAUCGUUAGUUUAGUAGUUCUUGAAAUGGAUUCUCUUAAAACGGUAAUCAAUUGUAGAAGUACAUCCAACAAUUAUUACCCGGAAGUUUAAUUAAAUUGCAUCAAGUGGUUCAUGAGAUAUUAUGCUAAAAGACCUAUAUGCAUACUGGCAAAUGCAACAUUAUCACCCGCCUUCCUUUGUUAAACUUAGAUACAAAUGACAGAGUUACAAUCAUAUUAAAAAAAGGUGGGGAAAGGCUUAACAGUUUGGUUUAAUUGAGAGUCUCUAAUUAAAUAUUCGCGGUUUCCGAGUCGAMUUGAACGCAUCACUUUCCCCUCCUCCUCAUGCGCUCUUCGAAACAAAAACAUUCGCAGAGCGCGCGACCAGAAGAGAAAAGGAGAAAUCCGGUGCAGGCUCUUCACACCGGAGCCCGGUUCUGGUCCCGGUCGGUCCACUCAUGGUUCUCCUCCGGAACAUCUCCAUCGCCCUAACCGCCGCCGUGGCCGCGCUGGGCUCCGCGCUCUUCAUCGCCCUCAACUUCCUCUACAAGCGGCGGGUCUGGUCUCCUCAGGCGGAGUACAGCUCCAUCAGAGAGGAGGAGGAGGAGCGCGGGAAGCGUCAGGUUCUGGUUCUGGGUCUGGACGGCGCCGGGAAGAGCAGCAUGCUCCAGGGUCUGACCCCCGGGGAGCUGGCAGACCAGAGGGGGCGGUGCCGCCCGACCCGUGGGUUCAACUUCGUGAGCCUGGACGCCCCCGCCUGUCAGCUGGACUUUCUGGAGAUCGGUGGAGGUGAGCAUCUGCGGCGGUACUGGUUGGACUACCUGAGGCGGACUCACGUUCUGGUGUAUGUGGUGGACUCAUCCGACCGGACCCGCCUUCCAUUGGCUAAGGCUGAGCUGCACCGCCUCCUGGGGGUGGAGCCUCAGCUGCCCGUGGUUGUCCUGGGAAACAAGCAGGAUAAGCCCGGUGCCGUGAGCGUGUCGGAGCUCCAUGAAGCCUUGUCUCUGGACGCCGUGACCGACGACAGGAAGCUGUUCCUCUUGGCCGCUCAGCUGGACUCUGAAGGAGCCAAGAGGAAGUCCUGCCAGGGUCUGGACACGGUCCACGACCUCCUUCUGCAGCUCGUUUGAUCCACUCCGGCCCGGCGUCCUCCCUCAGAGGAACACGUUUAGACGGUGGAGAAACUGAGGCGAACGAGCCUGAAAAAGAAAACGCUCAUCUUUCUCCUCAGGGAGGAGGAAGAUGAGGAUGAAGCAAACCACUUCAUCUGUUAAUUGUAUUUAAAUGUMAUUUUUACUGUAAACAACCUGUAAACUAUCGUAAAGGUUUUUUUGUAAAGUUUGARUAGUUCAGACGGGUUCAUCUGAAACCCAGUUAACCUGUGGGACUGGACCAAAAGUGAAACCCUGAACAUUAACCACUAUGGAUCUACAACAUAUCUACGAACAAACACGUUUUCCUGCUGAGCAACAACAAAUAAAUAAAUAAAAAAAUCACGUCUGUCUGCUGACGGAGCGAGACCGUCAGAUAAAUCUGAAAAGCAUCAAUAUUCUCACGACUUUCGUGUUUCUGGRCUCAAGUUCCUCUAAAAGUUUGAGCCGGGCCGAAGCGUCAGAGUUUCAGUUCUGCAGUCGGGACUCAAAACUCCUGAACGAACCCAGCAUGUGAGGGUGUUGAAUCAGAGAAUAAAAAGGUCAUAAAACGUG